AUGGUAUUGGCUGUCAGUGCCAUCGGCAACUCAGUUCCUCCGGUGUUCUUAUUUCCAAGAGUAUUCUGCAAGGAUCACUUCAUCAUUAACGGACCACCAGGAUGUAUUGAAACUUCCUACCCAUCCGGAUGGAUCACAUCUGAAUCGUUUUUGAAGUUCAUUAAACAUUUUCACGGCCACGUAAGAUCUACCAAGGGCAAUCCCUGCUUGUUGGUUUUAGAUAACCAUGAAUCACAUUUAUCUAUUGGAGUGCUCAACUACUUCUGCAAGGAAAAUGUUAUCGUCAUGUUGUCGUUUCCCCCGCACACUUCCCACCGCCUGCAACCUCUUGACAGGUCAGUUUGUGGGCCUUUCAAGGAAUUUUACUUCGCUUCAGUAGACGACUGGAUGAUCAACAAUCCAGGGAAAACUGUAACAAUCUACGACAUUCCUGGCAUAGUAAAGAUGGCACUACCUAGAGCAAUAAAGUCUACAAAUAUUAUAUCUGAAUUUCAAGUAACAGGAAAGCGCCAUACAACAGAGAAGUGUUUACUGAUGAUGACUUCUUGUCCAGCGCAGUCACGGAUAGAGAGAUGA